AUGGCGAAUGUCGAAUUCCUCGACCUGCCGCGCGAGGUGAGAGAUAUGGUCUAUCUCUACUUCCGCGGCUACUCCUGGAUCGACAUCACGCAGAUGCCCGAUCGAAUCCAUCAGCCCAGCAUCGCCAAGGUCUCGCGCAAGGUGCGCAAAGAGUGUCUGGAUGUCUUCUACGGCAAGAAUCGGUGAGUCCAACACCAUACAAUACAACAAAAUACAGCUCAGGCAAGGCGUUUCGUGCUAACUCUAUCUUUUCUGCAGAUUCAUGCUCGACAUGCGCGGCUGGAAAAACUUGGCAUAUCCAGCCACUUGGACUCCCAACCACAUCUUCGAGCACUGGAUCGCGGCCAUUGGCGAUGUCAACGCCGCACGCCUGCGCAAUGUCUCCUUCUACGUCCACAACUUCGCCGUCCACUUCACCAUCAGCCACCAGGAGCCGCGCAUCAGCGCCAAGUUCCGCCAGACGCGGACCAACACCGCCUACGUCGACCUUGCAGAAGAGGCUCCAACAUCCUACUCGUUCGAACUGGCCAUCCAGCGCGCCCGCGCUCGCAUUGAAUACGCCGUCAUGGAGAUGACCGAAGAGGUCGGCGACGAGCCACUCACCGUCAAGAACAUCCGCAAUCUGUGCGACAUCGUCGAGAGCAUCAAACCGGCACUGUGCACGCGCAUGGGCGUAGGCUGGAAAGGCGCCAUCUUCCCUGAAGAUCCAUCUCACGGACCGCACGUCGAACGCCACCGAGAGGCUUGCGCCGAGUGUGCCUAUUUUCGUAUCACGGCGGCUCCUGGCACUGGUUAG